CCCUUUGCCUCUUUUUCAGGGACCGCGCCAGUGCGGGUGCGGCGGGGCUGCGUCUGGGUAUUAUUUAUUUCUGUCCACGAUGUGCCGGUAAUGGGAGGUUCCAUUUGGGCCGAGGCCACCAAUCGUUUGCUGGUAUAUAUGAAUCCUGUCGUAUCUGUCCUGGAGCCCGGCAGCAUGGUGUAUAAUUGGCAAAAUCCGUGGGACUGGGAAACAGGGUUCGGCCGAAGGUAUUUCAAAUUGUAUAAGUAUUAUACCUGAUUCAUCCGUUGCCGCAUGCUGUCGCGUUCGAACACUAAAUCAAAAAUUUUUCAAGAUUGCGGUGCAUGGCAUCUGCGUCGAAUAUCUUCCCGAACAAAUUUUCAUGAUCUUCUUUGUUACGCAGUGGCACGCUCGAGAGUGAUACGAAAAACGUGCAGCUUGUACAACAGUCACGCAAAAUCGUUUUUUUUGCAUUAAAGAAAUCAUUAUUUAAGCCGAAACCAGCUCGCGUAGAGGCGAAUAUGCAUGAUGAAAAAUUCAUACAGAAGAUGAGUCUAAUAGACCGCUGCAGCUCGCGUGAACACUAAACGUACAAAUGUACAAAGUUACUGCAGGAAAAAAAAAGAUAAUGAAGGAUCCGCGAGAGCACUGAUAUCGUAAGAGUUGUACUUAACUUGUUCAUCGAGCUAAUUACGAAUCUUAUCAACACCAGGUUGAGUUUGUGGUAUUCUGCGAGACAGCGCGCAUAUGGUGGGCAAGUGCGAUAUCUGGCUUGGAAGUCGAAGCUGGACGGUAGGCCGCUGUUGGGAUGGUUAUAUUAACGAGCAGUGUGAUGUGCCUCCUAUCCUCUUCCUCAUCCGAUUGUAGAUAUAGUUUUCAAUGUGUUAUCACGUGUCGCGGCUACGGUUGCGAUCUCUGCGCUGCCAGGGACCAGGGUAUGUCACAGUCACUGCGGCGGGUGUGUUUCGUUGUCUCUCUCUGUCAUCAUCGACGACAUUCUACUUCUUGUUUUCGUCACGAAGCCAUGGCAUUUAGAGGGCCCGGUAGCCCUGCGUGUCUGGUGCUGCUGCUGCAGGCGAAUUUCAAUUUCUUAUACGCCUUGUCUCCAUUCGAAGCGAAAAAAAAAUUGAAAAGGGUACUUAGCGUGUCGACAACCACACGACUUCUACUGCUUCAUGUUCAUCAUCAUCAUCAUGUGUGA